AUGAUAGUCCUGACCCGAGAAUGUACCAUUCUAUGAACUCGUUGGCGGCUAUAUACUUCUAUUUGGAGGAGAAAGAGGCAGUGAGAAGUUAAAUGAUUUGUGAAAACUUGACACAAACACUUUAACCUGGGAGUUUAUAAAUGCAGGAGGAGACAUCCCUACUGCUCGCUCUCAGCAUGCAUCUGCCUCGAAAGGCGACAUUUUGAUAAUUUGGGGAGGAAACAGCGACCAAGGCUAUUUAAAUGAUGCCUAUAUAUACAGAUUAAUCUCUAA